UUAUAUAGACAGACAACUUGUCGCCUCGGUAGUAUAGUUGAGAGAAGAAAAAAAAAUACGUUGUCGCGGCAUUUGUAUAGUAGCCGGUGAUUGUGACGCCGGGUGGUGGUGGUGCCAACUUUAAAUACGUUCAUUUGGGGAAAUACAACAAUAUUGGUACAGGUGCACAGUGUACGGUCAGCUGAUGACGAUAGGAUGACAGAUAUCGGACCGGUUGAAUAGUGGAGGUUAUCACAUACACAACUAUUAAAAUACUUUACACCUACUGCACACACCUCUAACUGAUAGGAUUUAUUAAAAAAACUAGUAUAAAUUCUGCAACAUUACAAAGCUUACAAAACAAAAAUACCUGAAUAUUCGUCUUUGUUCUAAAAAAAGGAACUGUAAUAUUUAUUCAUCUUAUAAAAAGGUUUAUUUUGCAAAAUUGAAGUGUUAUCCAAAUAAUUUGGAUGUUAGCGAAUCAGGUUGUAAAAUACCUCUUCAAAACUUAUUAGAUCGCACAAUUAAUAGAAUAUUUCGAAUAGAAACAAUAAACAAGGUUGAAAAAAAUAAAAAAUCUAUGGAAAUGAUUUCUAAAUGGGGCUGUGACGGUAGUAGUGGUCAGGCUCAAUAUAAGCAAAAUUUUAAUAGUAAUGUGAGUAAAACAUACCAAACGGUAUUUAUGUACUCUAUUGUCCCUCUUGAACUUCGAUGUUAUAGUGAUAAUAGUGGUAAUAGUUAUGACAUUAUUUGGAAAAAUCUCACUCCGUCGUCAACAAGAUUUUGCCGAUCUAUAAAAUAUAUGUUCAUGAAAGAAACUAUUGAAAAUACAAAAUUAAAAGUUGAAGAUAUAGAACAACAAAUAAGGGAAUUAAAUAAUACGUAUGUAUUAUUCGAUGAAGAACAACUUGAAGUUAAAAACACUCUUAUAUUUUCUAUGGUCGAUGGAAAGGUUUGCAAUUCAAUGACUGGAACAUCCAGUCAAAAAUGUUAUAUUUGAUGGUGUAAGCCGACCGAAAUGAAUAACAUUGAGGCAAUUAAAAGUCGACCUGUUAUAAAGGAAAUUACAGAUACGGAUUAUCAACAUUACAUGCGUGGAUACGUUUUUUUUGAAUAUUUUAUCCACUUAUUGUACAAGUUAGAAUUUAAAACGUGGCAGGUAAAAUUCCUAAGAUUAAUUUUGUAAAUAUGAAUUAAAAUAUUUCAUAAAAUACAUUAUAAAUAUAGGUUAAAGAUAAAAACAGAGAUCAAUAUAAUGCGCGAAAAAAAUUUGUUCAAAAUAAAUUUCGUGCUGAGAUGGGACUUCUAGUUGAUAUUGCGUGGCGAGGUACAAAGAAUUAUAAUAAUAAUGUAGCGAAUCGGAUAUAAAUAUUAUAUGUAUUAAAUAUUAUGUAAAAACUUAUAAUUUGCAUGGUAUUUUUAUAAAUGCCGAAACAUCGUCUUUGUGUACUGGCAUUGAUGUUAAUUUAAU